GCAAAGGGUUAACUCUGGGUGUUCCCCUUCCCCCUCGUUCCCUCCCCAGCCGAUAAUCUCUCUACUUUCUCCUCCCACCACUACUGAGGAGCUCUGGAGGGAGUAAAGCAGUUGUAAUUAUACUCACCAAAACUGUGAGAACAGAGAGGAGCAUACUGAUUCUUUUUAGCGCACUACCAGGACAUUAUUUUUGUGUGGAGAGAAGGCAAGCCGUGCUGUUUGACACCUAGCUUGAAGAGGAUUGAAUCAGUCACCUUUACACUGUAUCAGAAUGGAGCUUCAGAAAAUGAACGGACACGGUCGAGAAGAAAGCUUUGAUGGGUUGGAUGCCAUGGCUGAACAUGAGGAAUUUCUCCCACAUAAAGCUGGUGUUAAAAAGGAAACACACUUCACAGAUUUUGAAGGGAAGACUUCAUUCGGAAUGUCCAUUUUCAACCUCAGUAACGCCAUAAUGGGCAGCGGAAUUCUGGGAUUGGCCUUUGCCAUGUCCAACACUGGAAUCCUCCUUUUUAUAAUUCUGUUGGUGUUCAUUGCGGUUCUGUCUGCAUAUUCAAUCCACUUACUGCUGAGAAGUGCUGGAGUUGUUGGCAUCCGAGCAUAUGAGCAGCUUGGGAACAGAGCUUUUGGUCCACCGGGAAAGAUUCUGGCAGGGAGCGUCAUCACAAUACACAACAUCGGAGCAAUGUCCAGCUAUCUCUUCAUUGUCAAAUCAGAGCUCCCGUUGGUUAUUCAGGCUUUUCUUGGCAAACAUGAAAACACAGGAGAGUGGUUCUUGAAUGGAAACUACUUGAUCAUCAUUGUUAGCGCCGCCAUCAUCCUUCCUCUUGCACUCAUGAAACAACUUGGUUAUCUGGGAUAUACUAGCGGCUUCUCUCUUUCUUGCAUGGUGUUUUUCCUCAUUUCGGUGAUCUACAAGAAAUUCAACAUCCCUUGUCCACUGGAGGACAGUCUGCACAACACAAGCCUCAUUGUUGACAAUUUCACAAUUACAGAAGAUGCGGAAAACGUUUGUGAUGCCAAGACAGCCACCUUCAACUCACAGACAGCAUACACCAUCCCGAUUUUGGCUUUUGCAUUUGUCUGCCACCCCGAAGUGCUGCCCAUCUACACAGAGCUACGAGAUGCCACCAAGAAGCGUAUGCAGAAUGUUGCCAACAUUUCCAUCUUGGCCAUGUUCAUCAUGUAUCUCCUGACGGCACUUUUUGGGUACCUCACUUUCUACGGGGCUGUGGAGUCUGAACUGUUGCACACUUACAUCCGUGUGGACCCCCUGGACGUGCUGAUGCUUUGUGUGCGCCUGGCCGUGCUCGUGGCUGUCACACUGACUGUGCCUGUGGUUCUCUUCCCAAUCCGCAGGGCCAUACUUCAGAUCUUGUGCCCCGACAAGCCUUUCCACUGGGGCAGACACAUUGCCAUUGCGAUGUUCCUCCUCAUUUUGGUCAACCUGCUCGUCAUCUUCGUGCCCUCCAUCCGUGACAUUUUCGGACUCAUCGGAGCCACAUCGGCCCCCAGCCUCAUCUUCAUCCUGCCUGGAAUCUUCUACAUACGAAUCGUUCCUGCAGAGCAAGAACCUUUUCUGUCCAGACCCAAAAUUCAGGCUGCAUGCUUUGCCGCAUUGGGAAUCAUCUUCAUGAUUGUGAGUUUGUCGUUUAUCUGCAUCGACUGGGCGAGCGGUGAGAAUCGAAGCGGCGGCGGGCACUAGUUGCUCGCCGAGGGCCCAGCAAUAACAAUGUGAACUGAAGCCCCCUCCCUGUCACUAAAUAUAUUGUUCGCCACCAGCCACUCAGUACAUGCUGGCCUUGAAAGCAGAAACUGAUAAAAAAAGAAUGUGACAACCAAAAGACUCUCCAAGAGAGAGACGAGAGAGAACAUGGACACGUUUUGUGACUGGAUUUGCUACAACCCGGGAUAUAUUCCUUUUUUAAUGUUGAGUUAAGAAAAAAUAGCAACAGCGUGACUCACAUGCGAAUCCCAUCGAGGGUAUGGAUUCAAAAGUUCUGGGAAAAUAAACAAGUCACUGCCAAAGUUCUCUUAAAAUAUUUCCCAUCUUAUGUGUGCAGGACACAGUGGUGCCUUGAGAUAUGAAUGACCUGACUUACGUGUCACGGCAGUUUUAAGCCACUCACACUUCAAGUUUACUGUCAAACAACUGCUAGCAUAAUGCUAACAUACAAUGUAAAACACCAUUGACAUGCUGACUAAUAGCACCUGUUGAGCUAUGCUAGCUAUGUUUAUAGACAAGGUAGCAAUAGUUCCAGGCAUACAUUCUUUAUCCUCUGCAAAAAGUGACUAACAUUACUGCAUCAAAUUGAGUCACUUAGAUGACGUGAACUUCUUUGUUUGUGUCUUAUGUAUAUUUACUCCGGGUAGGCACACGCAGUGUGGCCACAGAAUGAAUUAAACUCAAAUUAAUCUCUAGGCACCACUGUAAAAUCAGCAACACAGCAAAUCAUUUCCCUGUCAUCAAAAUUAAUUCAACAUUUCAUUUGGCACAUGCAUGUCGUUUCAUUUUAGUUUGGUUCCUCAAUGAAGUUUUGCGCAGUUUUCCUUUCACAUGAAAUAAGUAAUAAUGGAGGGUAGUGUCACGCUGAUUUUUUUACACAAAUGCACGAUUUGUUGAAUUCAACAGUAAGUUAUUUGAAAUUUUAGUGCCCUACUAUGACAGUUCAUGGAGGUGAGGAUGUUGUGUAGAAACG